AUGGAGAGCCAGCGCUGCUUCGCCAACCGCUUCGAUGACUACCCGGGCAGCCCGGCGGCGGCGCCGGACAGGGAGGCGGCGGUGCCGCUGGUGACGGCCACCAUCGAGCGGAUCCUGCGGGAGCUGCCGCCCCUGGGCGGCCCCCGCGGCUGCCAGGGCGGGCUGUACGGCGGCGUGGCCGGCGUGGCCUACAUGCUCUACCACGUCGCGCAGUGCCCGCUCUUCGCGCCGUCGCGGGAGGCCUACCUGCGGGCGGCCCGCCGCGUCGUGGACGCCUGCCUGCGCUACCAGGAGGGCGGCGGCGAGGCCGACGCCGACACCCGCGCCGCCUUCCUGCUGGGCGGCGCCGGGGUGUACGCGGUGGCGGCGCUGGUCUACCGCGCCCUGGGGCUGCCCGACUUCGCCCGGCCGCUGGGCAAGUUCCGGGAGCUGAGCGAGGUCUGCGCCCCGCUCUCCUUCCUCGAGUGCGGCUCCGACGAGCUCUUCGUCGGCCGCGCCGGCUACCUGUGCGCCGCCCUGGUGCUGAAGCAGCGCCUGGGCAUGGAGGUGCUGACCGCAGCACAAAUAAAAUCAAUUUGCCUGGCCAUACUAGAAUCAGGAAAGCAGUAUGCAGUGAAGAAGAGGAAACCGUUCCCACUCAUGUAUUCCUACUAUGGAACAGAGUAUCUUGGUGCAGCACAUGGGCUUUCAUCAAUCCUUCAGAUGUUGCUUUCCUAUUAUGAAUACCUGCAGCCAGCAGAUCAGGAGCUUGUGUGGCAGAGCGUUGAUUUUCUUAUGGACCAAGAACAGAACAGCAACUGGCCUCCUGAGCUGGGAGAGACAAUCGAGCGGGAGAAUGAGCUUGUACACUGGUGUCACGGAGCUCCAGGCAUUGCGUAUCUGUUUGCCAAAGCUUACCUGGUUUCCAAGAAGCCUCAAUAUCUGGACACUUGCAUCCGGUGUGGAGAGCUAACUUGGCAGAAAGGCCUGUUGAAGAAGGGACCUGGAAUAUGCCAUGGCGUGGCUGGUAGUGCUUAUGUGUUCCUGCUGCUAUAUAGGCUCACUGGAAACUCAAAAUACAUAUACAGGGCACAAAGGUUUGCAGAGUUCUUAUUUACAGAAGAAUUUAAGGCUGGUUCCCGGGCAUUAGAAAGUGUAUAUAGUCUGUAUGAAGGCUUCUCGGGAACUGUGUGUUUCCUGACUGACUUGCUGCAACCCAACCAAGCUGAGUUUCCUCUCUUCAGUGUCUUUGUCUAGAAAGUAACAUUCUCCAGGGCCACAUCCUAGUGGCAAUGGGAGAGGGCACUGCUAUUUCACUUAUUUGUCAAGAGAGGCUAUUUACA